AUGUAUCUUAAAGUUAUGAUUGUGUCCUUCGUGGUGCUGCUGCUGGGCGCCCUGAUUGGAUUUCUAGCAUUUCCCCUGGUCUUUAAGCAGCUGAUCAAGCGAAGUGUUAAUCUUAAGCCUGGCAGUGACACGCGUCAGUUGUGGGAGAAAAUGCCGUUUCCACUCAGCUUUAAGAUUUAUGUAUUCAAUGUUACGAAUGCGCAGGAUAUAGAAGGCGGUGGCAAGCCGCAGCUACAGGAAGUGGGUCCAUUUGUCUAUGAAGAAUGGAAAGACAAAUAUGACAUUGUGGAUAUCGAAGCAGAGAACGCAAUCAGCUUUAGCAUGCGCAACACAUUUCAGUUCCGAUCCGAUUUGGGUCUGAGCGGGGAGGAGCUUAUAACUAUGCCACAUCCCUUGCUGCAGGUAAAUCCUAAGUUGUACUUGAGUCUCGCUAUUUCAACCAACUUCGCCCCUUAGUUUCUGGCCAUAGCAAAUCUGGGACAGCCAGCCGAAGUGCAGGCUGCUGUUGCUCUGGGACUGGAUCUGAUUUUCACACCUCAAAGCGCUUUUAUAACAGCCAAGUUCAAGGAUUUGUUUUUCUCUGGCAUCGACGUCAACUGCGGCUCAGAUCAUGCCGCGGUGCAGGCCAUUUGCCAGCAGUUCCAAGCAGGCGCCGUACCUGGUGCUGUCUCCCUCAACGCCACGCACUACAAAUUCUCUUUGAUGGGCGCGGCAAUGACACUCACCAGCUCUAAGCAAUUGACAGUGGGUCGAGUUCUAUCCUUCAACGAAGCGGAGCAGUUGCAGGUGUGGCAGGAGACAAACAGCAGCAACAGCAGCUGCAAUCGCUUGCGCGGCACAGAUGGCACCAUCUUUGCUCCGCUAAUGCGGCCGCACCAGGGCCUGUGGAGCUACUCAGCACAGCUGUGCCGCUCUCUGACACCCAAGUCGAUGGGCAAGACCAAAUACAACAAGCUGCCCGCUCAGCUCUACGAGCUAAGCUUUGGAUCGCCAAGCACGGAACCGGAUCUGCACUGCUUUUGCACGGAUUAUCCCGGCGACUGUCCAGCUGAUGGAACUAUGGAUCUAAUGCGCUGCAGUGGCACGCCUUUAAUGGCCUCCUUGCCGCACUUUUAUCGGGCGGAUCAGAAGUUACUGGAGCAAGUCGAAGGGCUUUCGCCAACAGCUACUAAACAUGCCAGCACAAUGAUCUUCGAGCAGUUCAGUUUGAAGGUUGCGCCAGUUAAGGAUGUGCCAACAAUGUCGCAGCUGCGUCCUGUGGCUAUGCCACUCUUUUGGAUCGAGGAAUCGUUGCAGCUGGAUGAAAAGAUAACGCAGCUGCUGCACAAAAAGAUAUUUGCCGUGCUGAAUGCCAACAAUUGGUUUAGAUGGCUGUGCAUUGGCUUUGGCAGCUUGGGCUGCAUACUUGCCGGCUUGUUCCUUCAUUUAACUCGCAGCGAUACCAAGCGCGUGGGCUUCACAGUUGAGGAAUAG